AAAGACUGACGAGAUGUUAAAGUUGGAUGAAAUAGAAUGUAAGAACGUGUCCAAGAAAGCGAGGAAAAAUCUAGAGGACAAGAAAAAUAAGAAGUGUCACAAGAAGAAUAAGCAUACCACUAGCAGUGGACGCAAGUUGAGAAGCAGCAUGGAACAGCAUGUUAUGUGUAAGGAAGAACCUGAGGAAGAUAAAACGUCGAUAGAACUGCUGUAUCUCACAAAGGAUCCUAUAGCCUCUAAUGUUUCCUGUAAAUUGGAAGUGGAACCAUCUGUGUCUAAUGAGAACGAUUAUAUUCUAGUACCUCCGUUGGAAAACUUAAAAGACGCAGGAGUUAGUAUGGAGGAAUUAUUGGAACAGAGUAUGCAUAAGAUCUCUAAGAAUCAAAAGAACAGUAGGUGGCAACACAGUUACAAGAUGAUAUUCUUGCGAAAGUGUUUGGCUAAUGGUAAUCAAUCAACGGAGGAUGAAAUCAAUCAGAGUACAUCCUCUGAAAUGCACGGGCGUAUUCCUAAGAUCGAGGAUUUUACAUAUGAAAAUUCCGGAAAAAUCAAAAGGGACCAAAAAUGGACGAGGAAAUUCAAUCCUCUGUCCUUGCAUUAUACAGAUAAGAAUAGACCCUACUUAAAGUGCUCAGCUUGCGGCGCGACCUUCUUCUGCCCGAAUACGUAUCAAAGGCAUCUAAUCUCCCACGUUCAUGAAACUGCGGAGAGUUAUAUGUGCAAUUUUUGUAAUUAUACAAACACAGAACUCGGAAUGUUAUUUGCUCACUUGACCAAGCAUCAAAACCAAUGUGAAUUCUGCAACGAGAAUCUGUUGCGCAAGGUUAAUUAUGAAAAGCAUCAGCGCUCAAGCAGUUCGUUGGAGUUUACGUUGAAACGCGAUCAUCACGGAAUGUUUGUCUGCGCUAUUUGCGAAUUGGUGUUCGAUCUAUCGGCUCAAUUAGAAAAACAUUGGUUCAAACAUACCUGCAAGAGACGAAAAUCCUAUCAGUGCAACGAGUGUAGCGGGUUGUAUGAAAACAUGGAGACCUUCAAAAAUCACAUAUGCUUGAAAUGUCCCAUUUGCGGCGAGGUCUACGAGAGUCUGCACAGAUUGAAAACACAUACAAGAUGGACGAAGCAUAAUCUAAAGUGCCCGAUCUGCUCCUACGAAUUUAUUCUUUCUAUGGACCACAAAAAACAUAUGGCCCUACACAGAAAGGUUUAUCAGCCUAUGGAGGAUUACACGCACUGUUUGCGCGCGGCCGAUGGCAAGACGUUUCAAUGCAAUCUCUGCGACAAGAUAUUUUAUGCCUUACCCGCCCUUUUUACGCAUCUCACGGAAGAACAUGAUAUGGGAAACGUAAAAACGGAAGAGAUGACAAUAGAAGAUGACAAUUAUGAACUGAAGGAAGACGCUAUUAAUAUCGUUGUAGUUCCUGAGUUUAAAGAAAGCGAUGAUUGUGACUAUUUCGAAAACUGUGACGACAUUGAUCCUUUGCAACAGGACACCGAUCUCUACGAUCCAUCAUAAAAUACGAUCGAAUACCAAUCCCCUUGAGCUUGAGUUAUAAAAAUAAAAGCAACACAUUUCUCCUGAAA